AUGCCAGACUUCAGCGGCAACUCUUUUGCUGAAGCCAGUUUUGCCCUCGAUGCCGCCCUCAGAAGUGACCCCGAAAUCCCCCUCGGGCCAGGAUCUACAGGAAUUAUCGGAGUUUUGGAGGCCCCAGACCCUUCUGUCCCGGAAUUCAUUUUGCAUGCAGCCAACAUAGGCGACUCUCGCUUGUUGGUGUUGCAUGCGGACGGGUCUUUCACUCGAAUGUCUUCGGACCAAAAACCAAAUGAUCCAAAAGAAACCAAAAGAGUCAAAAGAGCUGGAGGUUCUGUCCUCCGCACCGCCAUGGGCGUCUGGCGCAUCGACGGCAGACUCGCCCUCAGCCGCAGCUUCGGCGACUUCCGAAUGAAGAGCCGCGGGGACCUGCUGCCUUCGCAGCAAAAGGUGGUGGCGCUGCCGCACGUGCGGACUUUGCGGGUGCGGGCGGGGGACGUGUUGGUUUAUGCAUGCGAUGGUGUCUUCGAGGCCCAGGGAAUGACCUGGCGCUUCGUCGCCAACUUUGUCGCCAUGCAGCUCAAGUCGAGUGGGGGGGACCUGGAAGCAGCAGUUUCGCGUCUUGUGUCUGCUGCUUAUUUAAUGGGCAGCGGCGACAACAUCAGCGCCAUGCUGCUGCGGCUGCUGCCGCAGCCUUUCGAAAAACCCUCAGUGCAAAAGGCAGAGGUCGACGUCCUCGGAGUUCGGACAGAAGUUCCCGCGAUGCUGCCCUCGGAAGCAACAGUGCAGCGCAGCGGCGCUUGGGUAAACGAAUUGGGUCUAUAUGCCACCUUGUACUGA